GGAUUGGCGGCCUCGGUUGUGACGCGACCUGGGCGGGCCGACUUGCGACGGAGGCAGCGGGUCCGGGUCGGGGGACCUGAGAAGGAGCCGGGAGGUGACCCACAGCGCUGCGACGGGACCGCGCGAUUCCUCCCCCACGCAUCUGGCCCGCGUUCCUGGGCCGCCGCACCGGAUCCCGGCGUGGGUGCGGACCAAGGGCCCGCUCUCCCCGGCGCGGCCAGGCCCCCCCCAGCGUGCGAGCGCCUAGGGGAUGCCGAGCUGCUCAAGAUGAGGAGGUGCGCGGGGCCGGGGCGGAGCGGUCGCGUUCCCCGCGUGUGAGCCCCCACCCAUCCCUGGCGCCAGCGCUUCCCCGACCACUCGGGUUCGGCUAUGCGGGAGCCGUGAGGAGGAGGCUUGCAGUCGUGGACCUGAGACCUCGGGAGGUCAUGCUGGCUUGCUUUUAAGUGGCUUGGGGAAAGUGAAGAAACCCCAAAAUGGAGGACUUUGCUACCAGGACCUACGGCACCAGUGGCCUGGACAACAGACCUCUGUUUGGGGAGACGUCCGCCAAGGAUCGAAUCAUCAAUUUAGUUGUUGGCAGCUUAACAUCCUUAUUGAUUCUAGUAACGCUGAUAAGUGCUUUUGUUUUCCCUCAACUACCUCCAAAACCGUUGAAUAUAUUCUUUGCUGUCUGCAUCUCUUUGAGUAGUAUUACUGCCUGCAUACUUAUCUACUGGUAUCGACAAGGAGACUUAGAACCGAAAUUUAGAAAGCUAAUUUACUAUAUCAUAUUUUCUAUCAUCAUGUUGUGUAUAUGUGCAAACCUGUACUUCCAUGAUGUGGGAAGGUGAGGCUGCCAAGGAAAAAUACUUACCAGGACUCUUCAAAAUGAUACAUUAGGACAGUGAGUAAUUUUUGGAUAAGGUAUGCUGAAGAAUCUCCUGCAGAAGUCUGAUACAUGAUUUUCAUGUUAAUUGUAAAUGUUAAUUCCCUCUUGCAAGGGAGACAUAUCCUAGAUCACUUUGCUUUUUCUUUAAGGAGCUAAUGUUGCACCUAAACAUUCCAACCCUUAAAGCUAAAACAGCACAAAAAAAUUUCACUUUUGAAAUGAAGUUUUUAUAAUUGUACGGCAAAAGGCUAUGUAAAAACAAAUCUUGCAUUUUAAGACAAAUAUUCUUUUAUUUCUGUUAAACUGAAUAUACAAUUGUUCCCUAGGCAACCAACUUUUGCUUAUAACUACAAUUUAAUUUCACGUUGACAAAACAGACAGUGAAAAGACAACUUUGUGAAGAUCUAAUUACAAUAAUAAAUAAAAUAAUUUAUACAAGGUUUUUUUUUUUUUUCCUUGACUUUUCUAUAGGGGUCAUAUUCAUUAAAAAGCCCAAAAGGCUACCUUUGCCUUAACCCUUCUGUAGUACAGGAAUGAUUCUUAGAUUUGUUUCCUUUUGUUAUAGAAGCAAAUAUUGUUUUUUUAAAAUUGCCUGAGAUGAGAGGUUAUAUUGUACCCCACCAGCUAACACAUUAAGUGGAUGACAAACUAUUCUCUCGGUAAUUUAUAUAGCAAAACAUCUAAUAAAUGGUCACGGUAUCAAGGAUAGGUAACAUUACUUCCUUCCUCAUUUAGUUUUACUUCAAAGUGCUAACUUUGUAAACUAAUGACAGUGGUUUCUGAGGGGGUGAAAACUGCUUAGAUUCUGGUGGGUUUUGUUACUAUGCUUAUCCAUAUUCCCUUUAAAAGUAACAAAAAACCUGUAGUGAAUUUUAACUUUUAAUGCUUUCCUGUUUACCCUGCCUAAAUCAGCUCCCACUGCCAGCAAUGGGUUAACCAAAUGUAACCACCACAAGACCACCUCCUAGGUCUCUAUACUUGUAUGCUGGUCAAGUCUCAAACUUAGUCUUCUUGAAGAUCAGAAGAUCACUAGUAAGCUCUAGACCAUGUUGAAAAGACUCAUCUGAACUACAACCAGGCUUGAGAGGAGGCAGUGUCAUGUCUGAUCUUUAAAGUACAGUUUCUCUAAACCACAGCAGUUAAGCUUUCGUGAUUCUAAACUUAAUGGCUGAAGUGAAUGAAAUUCCUUAUUCCCAUGUAACAUUAAACACAGGGAUUUAUGCUUAGAACUCCCAGCCUCCACUCAACUACAUACUGUCAUAAAACUCAACCUCAGAUGAUGUGUUUAAAGGAGGUAAAAAGUCAUAGCAGCAACAGUGUGUGUGGCUUAAGCACUGUGGCUAUUUAAAUUGGUAAAUUAAGCCUCUUGGGGGUUGCUCCUAUUUCUUUGAAGAGGUUGUAAUUAAAAGUGUGGCUUCUUUGCCUGAACUGCCUAUUUCUAAUAAUUAUUCUAAUGACAGUUUACCAAAUCUUCGACAUCCUUUGAAUCUUCUGAAACAGGACUGCCCAAGGAUGAUCCAAUGAUAUUUGAUUCUUCCUGAUGAUGUUGGAGUAUGGGAUCUGUAACGAGUUUCAAGUUAGUCUUAAAUGUAUAUAUUUAUUCUCUAAUCCAUGUCAAGAAUUUAAGGUAUUCUACCACAGUGUAGAACUCAACAGGACUAGUAGCUUAUUGGAUCAAGAAAGACUGAAACAAGUUAAUUAAAUGUCUGAUUUUUUCCAUCUAAAAUUUAUCAGGCACAUAGUAUCAGGCACAUAGUAAGUAUUAUAUUACAGUACCUGUUAGUGUUGUCAAAGGCAAGACAGAUUCAGUAUCUAUAACAUCAGAUGCCUGGAUAAAGCCAUGUGGUGAAGGAACGAUAAGUAUUGUUUCAUCAUCAAUUGUUUGAUCAACUUGUUCUUCUAUAGUGGGAGACUCUAAACCCUAAAUAACAUUAAAAAAAAAUAUAUUGACUCAUAUUCCUUACUAGUCUUCCUUAAAAUCCCAUGUAUAGGCAUGUAUAGGUUAGACUCAAACAUAACCCAUUUUAAAAUCAGAAUAUAAAAUAAAAAGUUAAGGUCUCACAGGGACAAAAGAUGACCUCACGAUCUAACAUACUUUUAACAAAAGGAACUCAUUAAGGACUAGGUCAGUUAUAGGUCAGCUGAAUAUAACAGAAGAAACAAUGCUGUUACAGUGUAGGAUGAUGUUCCUAGGCUGAACCACAAAGAUUACUAACCAUUCUCAGGAAAAUGCUUCUAUGGGUUCGAACAAACAUUUCUCAAUGUAUUGUAGGUAAAGAGGAAAAAGUUUUAGUGAGGAACUGUGGUAAGAUAGAACAUGGUUUUCUUAUUCUUCCUGACUGCCACAGGAUCACUGCCUGCCCAUUUCUGCCAGCAACAACACUUUGUGAGGUGUAGGGGUUUGAGCUUAAUUUCAUGAGUCUAAAGAAAAAAGUUUCCCAAGCUGCAGGUUUGAGGCUCAAGGCAAGAAUCCAUUCAGUUGUUCUUAAAGUACAACUUACCUCAGUAACAUAAGCACUGGCUAAAUCAGAGGGUGAUUCCUCUUGUUUAAGGUCGGUGUCAGAGAUUUCUUCUUCUGUUCUGACCAUAACACUAUUCAUCAGUUCUGUGCUAUUUUGGUCACUGAAUUUGGAUACAUGAGCAUCAUUAAAUGAUGGCUCCACAGUCAUCUUAGGGUGAUGAAUUUCAUCUGGGAAAGUGUCUGCUUCUAGGGCAUCUGGAGGCUCAGGAAAAUCAGAUGACUGAAUAUCACUAUCUACUCUCAGUUCUGCUUGGGAUAUGGAAGAAGUGAUGUCCUCUGUGGCAACAGUCUGAAUGAUGACUCUUGGUGUGUGACACUGCACUGUAACAUUAUCACUUGUGUUCAACAAAUGUUCUGGCUAUAAAACAUUAAAGAACCUGUUAAAGUUGUAAAUCAAAUGACAUUUACGGGGGUACCUCACUGUCUCCCCCCACAUCUCUUACCUCUGGAACUGUAAAUACUUUUAUCACUAUUUUUCUAGAACCCUUGUCCUUUACUUGCUAGGGCCUUUGUUCUUCUAAUGUCCCUAUUCUAAUAUAUAGCCAUCUUACAUAAAGAGAAGGGAUGAAACAUACACUCCAGUGAAGGCAGAGUGAUGGUGUGUAACACUGUGCCUGAAACAGCAGCAGCAGGAAGAACUGUUUAGGUAAGUACCUUCUAUUUUGGUCCUUAUCAACUAAUCCUGGUCUAACAGGUAUUCAAAAAUCAAGUAAUUUAUGUAACAUACGGAUAAAGCAUGAACAAUAAUCUGUUCAGGAGAAGCAGGAGCAGCAGCUGUCAGGGUUACUGUGGGACUAGCAGUCAGAGUUAGGGGAAGGCCUUGGCUUGCGCUUGUUUGAAGUAGGUAGGUGCCUGGAGUGCCAGUGGGCUGUAGAUGGAAAGACUAAAGGAAAAAGGAAAAAUAAGAUAGUUUAACAAUGAUUAAGUCUACUUUUAUAUACAAAAACGGACUGAGUUUAGUUUACUAGACACAAAUGUACUUACCCAUUGUGAAGGUACGAACAAGUAAUACAAUGUAGGGCAUAAUCGUCUCAAGUCAUUACCUAGCCUGAAGGUUUAAGAGGCUGCUCUUUGCUCCUGUGUAUUUCUAUGGUCUGGUCUUAGCUAUUUGUUUCAGGGCACCAAGACAGUUAGUUGUAUGAGCCACUGUUUCCAGUGCAGUAACCCACGACACCCAAUCACCCCUCUUUUUCCUUCUUUGUAGCACGUAAAAACUGGCAGUCCCCCAGUUUAAAAAAAAAAGGCACAACAGCAGUGUUUACUUGAACACUUUUUCACGGUAUAAUUUUGGGAAAUUUUUUAUAGAAAGGGACAGGGUACAGAAAUAGUAAUUAGCAAUGUUCUGCUGAAGGAGAAAGAUGUUUAUCUGAAAAAGCUGGUUAACUAUUAACACAUUUGAAAUUUUUUAAGGAAGUAUAAUAAAAUUGACCAAUAAACUUUUCACGACCAUAAGCUUCUAUAUAAAAAAUUUGAUUUAGGUUUAUCUUAAUAUUCUAAAAAAGUAUCUGCACUCUAAAAUAGGUCUGGGGGUUAAAAUCAUGUAGCCUGUUUUUCAGUCUUGUGUACUUAGCUAAAACAACUCUCCUGGGUACUAAAUCCCCAAAUAUAGGUUUCCUUAUUGCUAAAGUGGAGAUAGUAACUACUUCUCAUGGAAAGUGUUUGGGAUUAGAAAUGAUUAUGAAAGUGCCUGGAACUCUGUGAGGACUCAAUUUCUUUUCCUUUCCAUAAAAGUUAAAUCAUUUUCCUAAAGGUAGCAUAUAGUAAUCACAAAUGUGAGGCUUUAUUUUAAAUAUAUGUACACGUAUAUAUUAUGUGUUUUAUUUAAUAUACUUAACAUUUAAUUUUCACAAUUUUUUGAAGCUGGAGUACUAUUAUUAUCCUGUUAAUAAAUUCAGGGAAAGCCUAAAUAUUGUGACCCCAUAAGUAAAAACCUGAACACAUACCUCAAAUAUGUAGGUGUGUAUAUAUAUUGUUUACCACGGGAAUGGGCUUAAAAAAGUAAAAGUUUUCUACCUGUGUCAAAUGGUUGUCUUAUACAUCCCCAUUUCAAAGACCACUGGAUUAGGAGACUGACUUAGGUUAAGUAAGCUGCCAGUAAAAAGUUCCAAAGGUGGCCAUCCUCUUGGGAUUUGGCUGGGGAGAGGAUGAAUAAAGUCUUGCACUAAUAACCCUGUGUUCUUCAUGGUAAAUUAAAUCUUGAUUUAAUACAAUUUUUAUUUUCUUAAGGAAAUAUGAAUUAUAGGUUUACUUGUUUUAGAAAGAGCAUUCAGUCACGCUCCGCUUUCAACCUACACUUCAGCUGCAGGAAACCACUGAUCUACUUUUCGUCUACAAAUUUGCCUAUUUUUUUGGACAUUUCAAAUAAAUGGGAGCCAAGUACUAUGUGA